CCCUUUCUCAAAGGCGGCCGAAGGGGAGGAGGCAACCUCGGUCUUGCCUCAGGGCCAUGGAACCAAGUUCAUGGAUCCCUGUGAGGCAUUUGCAGCCGUCAGAUGUUCAUACAACAGGAAGCCGGCGGACGUUUAAGCCUCCCAGAGUUUCAGGGCUUUCGCUGGGCGCAGGCUCACUGCUUGCUAUUCCCUUUGCUGCCUCCAAAGCUUCAAGAAGUCGCAAGCGAGUCAUCGUGAGAGUCGCUGUCGAUGACAAAGUCAAGGCAGCUCCAAAGGAGGCUCCAAAGGAGGCAGAUUCCAAAGGAAGAGGAAUGGUGAUUCCCAUGACUCGAGUGGAAGGUCUAGAGGAAGUCAAGCUGGCCUUGAAGCUGGCUUGCAUCGAUCCUUCCCUUGGAGGAGUAGGAAUUUCCGGCGGACACGGAACUGGGAAAACGACCCUAGCCCGUUCUUUGCGCGGAGUGCUCCCAAAGAUUGAGGUUGUGGAGAACUCCAUCUGCAACUGUGAUCCCAGCAAACCCUCUGAGUGGGAUGUUCUUAGCCGCGAGCGUAUGGUCAAAGAUGACAAGGGCAAGGUCAAGACAAAGGUCAUCGAUUGCCCCUUCAUUGAAUUGCCUUUGGGCUGUACGGAAGACAGACUUGUUGGAUCGUUGGAUGUCCAGGCAUCCAUGGAUGCAGGCCGACCAAUUUUUGAACCUGGACUGCUUGCAAAGGCACAUCGGGGUGUCUUGUACAUCGACGAUGUCAACUUGCUCCAGGAUGAUUUGGUCAGCUUGCUCUUGACAGCAGUUGAAAGUGGAGUGAACCGGGUGGAACGAGAAGGGCUCUCGGUGGCUCACCCUUGCAGACCGCUAGUGAUAGCAACUUGGAAUCCGGAAGAAGGUCCUUUGCGGCCGCACCUGCUGGAUCGCUUGGCAAUCUCGCUGAACACAGACGUGGCCACUGUCUACACUGACCUGGACGAGCGCGUCAGUGCUGCACUUUCCGCCAUUGAUUUUGCUGAAAGGCCUGCGGCUUCUCUGGACGAAAGCGCUUCGGAGAUCUCUGCAAUGCAGACUCAACUUCUCUUCGCUCGCGAGUUUCUCAAUGAUGUCAAGAUUACCGAAGAACAGUUUGGACGAUUAGCAGAGGAAGCCAGUCGCGGUGGCUGCGAAGGCCAUCGUGGCGAGGUCUUUGCCGUCAAGAUUGCCCGUGCUCACGCGGCACUUCAAGGUCGGGAUGUUUGCAACGCGGAAGACUUGAAGCAGGCAAUCAAACUCGCAAUCCUGCCACGAAUUCGAGUGCAGGAAGCGCAGAUGCAAGAGGAGAUAGAGGAAGAGGAGGAGCCACCUCCACCUCCACCUCCACCACCUCAACCUGAUCAAGAUGAUCCGGAGGAGAUGGAACCUCCACCUGAGCAGGAUGAAUUUGAGGAGGAAGAGCAGGAGGAAGAAGAAGAACCGGAUGAAACCGAAGAUCAGGAGGAUCAAGAUCCGGAUGUACCUGAGGAGUUCAUGAUUGACCCCGAAGGUGCUGUGGUCGACCCCGACCUGCUGAAAUUUCAGCAAAAGCAGAAGAAGAGUGGUCGAAGUGGCAAGGGGAACAAGAUCUACUCCAUGGAUCGUGGCCGGUACGUGAAGGCAAUGCUGCCCAAGGGUGGUGACACAAAGAGUGGAAAGAUUGCGUUGGAUGCCACGCUGCGAAAUGCCGUGGUGUAUCAAAAGAUGAGGCGAGAAGAGGCAGCAAAGAAGUUGAAGCCAGAGGAGCUCAGAAACGUCUACAUCGAGCGAAGUGACAUUUGGGUCAAAAAGAUGGCCCGCAAGGCGGGUGCCCUGGUGAUUUUUGUUGUUGAUGCCAGUGGUUCCAUGGCAUUGAACCGCAUGCAGAACGCCAAGGGUGCAGUGCUGCGGCUCUUGGAGAACGCCUAUCAACAGCGAGACCAGGUGGCGAUGAUUCCAUGCCGAGGCAUCUCUGCAGAGGUUCUGGUGCAGCCAACUUCUUCGGUGGCGCGUGCCAGCGGCAGCAUGAAGGUAUUGCCUUGUGGUGGAGGAACGCCCUUGGCCCACGCUCUCUCCCAGGCCGUUCUCAUCGGAACCAAUGCAAUGAAGAGUUCUGAUGUUGGCCAGGUUUGCGUUGUGGCCAUUACAGAUGGUCGCGCCAAUGUCCCCUUGGCAGUCAGCGAGGGUGACCAAAGUGCCCUGGAUGAGAAUGGGAAAAUGAAGAAAGUGCCCAAAGAAGACCUUCAGGAAGAGUGCUACAUUCUCGCUGACAAGAUGAGAGCCUUGGGUUUCAAGUUUCUGCUCAUUGACACUGAAAACAAAUAUGUCUCUUCUGGAGUUGCGAAGACUCUGGUUGAUCGAGCUCAGGGACGGUAUUACUACCUGCCACGCGCCGACGAUGUUGCUAUUGUCGCAUGUCCCAGCUUUUGUCGCGCUUGGUAGAGAUAAGAGUCAAGGGUCUUUGGUUCUGGGUUCUUACCUUGUUGGUGCGCAUCUUGCAACCUCUAGACUCGACGCUCCCAUCCUGAAGCAUUAUAUAUGUAUAUAUAUAUAUACACACAGAUAUUUUCUGGAUAUGAUAGUAUGACUUGAUCCCUGAGAAUCACAUGAACGUGGCAGCAAAAGGAGCAGAUCUUUGGGAGAGACAUGGGUGAUGAAGCCUAACACCAAGGCCGGCAUCGCUGGCGAUGCAAUCAACGAGCUCCGCGCGAAGUAGCGCUAUUUUUGAAAAACGCUUGCCUUGCCCUGCCUCAUGAUCAUUCAAAAUCAUUCAAGCAGAACACGGCUUUUCUUGGUAUCAUGAAG